UCCGGGAAAACCUUCCAGACUUUUCCGGCGUGUGACCGAGGCUUCGUCCUCGACGGAGAUCUGCUCAGCAGGCCUGCCUUCUUUUUGGCGAGCAAUUCUGGGCAAAUAUGGUGUUUGAAAGGAAAAUGCUCACUAACGGCGACCCAGAAGAGGAGGAGGAAGAAGCCCCUGAAGAGAAGGAGGAGGAAAAAGAAGAAGAAGAAGAAGAAGAGGAGGAGGAGGAUGAAGAGGACCUGGUGGAUCCCCUUGACACAAUCCGCAGCAAGUGUGAGCAGUCAGAACACUGCCUGCACUACAAGGAGCUUCUGGAGCUCUGCGAGACGCGUGUCAGCUCCAGGUCCAACACCAACGAAGAGUGCACUGAGGAGCUCUUUGACUUCCUGCACGCGCGAGACCACUGUGUCUCAAGCAAGCUGUUCCACAUUGUGAAAUGACGUGUGUGACGGACGUGACUGCUACAACUGUAAAAUAUGGAGGGGAGUGCUUUCAAAUAAUUUUUCUAUUUUAGUAGAGUACACAUUGUGUGGGGGUCCUGGUCUAACCACACCAUCCUCCUCACAUAAUGAUAUAAGUCACUUUGUACAUAGUCAGUCUGCUUGUUUUGUGCUCAGUUCCUAUAAGAAAUAUGAAAUAACAAAGUUGUGGAUUUUACCUCUGGACUCGUACAUAAAAGGGUUUAUCACAGUCACUUGUCAGUAGGAUUACUAUAGUGUAGAGAAAAUACCUUUCCAACAAAUAGUUAGAAAUUUAUCAUAUAACCCUGUUGCUAGGCAUACUUAAUUGUUUUUUCUGUUAAUGGAAAAGUGUUCAUGCCCACUAGUUUUUUUGGAUGAAGAUAUAAAUUAUCAAAUACAUGUUAGGAAAGAGAAAAGUGCUAUCUGGUGGCACAUUGAACUGGAAUACACAAGCAAAAGACAAAAAUAAAUACAUUUUGAAAUUAGA